GCCUUCAUGACAGAAAAACUCCUUCCAGAUUUCGAAGACACCAGCAGGGCAGCCACUCCACAACAACGCUCUGCUGCUGGCGUCAUUUCCACGGUGACACCCUCUCAGUGGGAGAAUCUCCUAGGUGACGCCCUCUACUGACACGCCUAGAGGUGGCUGGUGUCCUUUUGUAGGCAGGUGCAUCCUGUGCAGUGGCAGAGGGAGAAGUCUUUUUUCCAUCUUGCUCUGUGUGGGAACACCUCUUAAGCUCCAUAUCUGGCCUUGACAGUAAAUAGAACAAACACUAGGAUGCAGAUAAGGAUAUUUGGAAACAAAGUGUGUAUUUUUUUAUGGUAACUGCUUAAUUUGAGCCGAACUAAGAAGUUCAUAUGAAUUGAAGUCUUCUGUUACGACACAGAUGUAACCUUCAGCUGUUCAAUCGUUUUACCUGAAAUUCUGUUAAAGAGCAAGCAAACGGUGGCACUGGAUUCAGAGACCGACCUUGGACGGACAAUGGAGGGGUAUGGUUAUGAGCACUUUGGUGCAGAUGGAGCGAGGGAGAGCCAGAAGGAUUAUCGGAGAAUUGUUGGAGAAACUCAGGCCCCGUGUGCCGACGAUUCAACCCAGGGAGGUCAACACUUUGUCCGGCAAACCUCACAUGGACAUGGACAUGAAACCGCUGCCCAGAGAUACAGUGCCACACGCAUCCAGGCCGGACUAGGCCCAGAGAGCAUGGCGGAUUACUUAAUCAGCGGUGGGACAGGCUAUGUCCCUGAAGACGGACUCUCGGCUCAGCAGCUCUUCUCGAUUGGAGAUGGCCUUACAUACAACAGAUCUGACCAACAGUGCGUUGUCUCCGAUGGUCAUACGGCUGAAGAGCUAUGCUCUAAAGGAGAUGGGUUGACUUACAAUGACUUCCUGAUAUUACCUGGCUUCAUUGACUUUACCUCGGACGAAGUGGACCUGACAUCAGCGCUGACCAGGAAGAUCACAUUAAAGACGCCUCUCAUCUCCUCCCCCAUGGACACUGUUACAGAGUCAGCUAUGGCUAUUGCUAUGGCGCUAAUGGGAGGCAUUGGCAUGAUUCACCACAACUGCACACCAGAAUUCCAAGCCAACGAGGUCCGCAAGGUCAAGAGGUUUGAACAGGGUUUCAUCACAGACCCGGUGGUGAUGAGUCCGCGCCACACAGUGGGGGAUGUGUUUGAGGCCAAAGUAAGACACGGCUUCUCUGGUAUUCCUGUCACAGAGACGGGCAAAAUGGGCAGCAAACUGGUGGGAAUCGUCACCUCCCGAGAUAUCGACUUCCUGUCUGAGAAAGACCACAGCAAGUCUUUGGAAGAGGCCAUGACAAAGAGGGAGGAGUUGGUUGUGGCUACAGCCGGUGUGACACUAAAGGAGGCCAAUGAUAUUCUGCAGCGCAGUAAAAAAGGCAAGCUUCCCAUUGUAAAUAAUAAUGACGAGCUGGUGGCCAUUAUUGCCAGGACAGAUCUGAAGAAGAACAGAGACUACCCGCUGGCCUCUAAAGACCCACGUAAACAGCUGCUGUGCGGAGCCGCCAUCGGCACCAGGGAGGACGACAAAUACAGACUGGACCUGUUGGUGCAGGCGGGAGUGGAUGUUGUUGUUCUGGACUCCUCACAAGGCAACUCUGUGUAUCAAAUCAACAUGAUAAGUUAUAUCAAACAGAAGCAUCCAGAAUUGCAAGUAGUGGGAGGAAACGUGGUUACAGCGGCCCAGGCCAAGAAUCUGAUUGAUGCUGGUGUCGAUGCUCUGAGAGUAGGCAUGGGCUGCGGCUCCAUCUGCAUCACACAGGAAGUCAUGGCGUGCGGGCGGCCUCAGGGGACCUCCGUGUACAAGGUCGCGGAGUACGCCAGGCGGUUCGGGGUGCCAGUCAUCGCUGACGGCGGCAUUCAGACCGUGGGCCAUGUGGUGAAGGCUCUGUCUCUCGGGGCGUCGACUGUGAUGAUGGGCUCGUUGCUAGCGGCAACCACUGAGGCUCCAGGGGAGUACUUCUUCUCAGACGGUGUGCGGCUGAAGAAGUACCGCGGCAUGGGCUCCCUGGACGCUAUGGAGAAGAGCACCAGCAGCCAGAAACGCUAUUUUAGUGAGGGCGACAAUGUGAAGGUGGCCCAGGGGGUGUCAGGAUCGGUCCAAGACAAGGGCUCCAUCCACAAGUUUGUACCCUACCUGAUAGCUGGGAUCCAGCACGGCUGCCAGGACAUUGGGGCAAAGAGUCUUUCUGUUCUCCGUUCAAUGAUGUACUCUGGGGAACUGAAAUUUGAAAAGAGGACCAUGUCUGCACAGGUGGAGGGAGGAGUUCAUGGACUCCACUCUUACGAGAAGCGGCUUUACUGAGCGGGGGGAUGGAGUGCAGAUCAUCGGGGCACGUGAAACAACCAAUCUAACAGUGACCAAAUGUUAAACCGCCACUUCUGUUAAAAUACGCACCACCCACUACACCCCCUCUGCCCUCUCCAAGCUGUUUUUUGGGAGGAAGGAGUCAUAGUAGCCAAAUGAAAACCUUCAAACCGAAACCCGACUUCCCGAACACCUGGGAUUUUGCACUCAAGAAGUGGCACAUCUGGGUUUUUGGGAAUCACACACACCUAUAUCUUGAGUAUGCGGUCCUACCCAUUUUAGUUUUGUGUGUUCAUGUUGCUGAGAGAAGGAACUGCGUGUGGGUAUGGUGGAUUAAGGUGCGUGUCUGACCGUGUCAUAGUUAAAAUGUGUCUUGGGACAAAGAAAGUGAAGGUGCACUGUGUUUAUUUGUCCUAUCAUUGUUAUUGUUAUAAUAAAUAUUAUUAUUAUUAUUAUUAUUAUUGAGUCUACAACAGCCAUUUUGCAAAUCACAUCAGCAUCUUAUCUGGCUUACCAGCACGCUCCUCCGUCUGAAGCCUCACAUCAUAGCUCUUUAACACACUAGUCUGUGCGAAAAAACAAAACACUUUCUAUGUGUAGUGUGUCGAUGCAUUAUGGCAAUCUUAAUUCUAUUUUUGAUUAUUUUUAGGUCAUUCAACGCAAAAGCUACUUAACGUACAGUAGCUGCUUAUAUUUCAUUGCAUAUUGUUUACUUCCUGUUCUGUGGAUCCCGAGGUACGAGACAUAAGCUGCGAAGAUUAUCCUGUUGACUUUAUCCUCCAUUGUCCCCUACAAUCAAAAGCCAAAACCCAGACUCGCAGUCUGUGGACAUCAGUUUUCCCCUCAACAACCUCUUGACAAAGAAUCAGUGUCCCGUCUCCAUGCACAGUGUUCAUAUGUUGAGCAUGGAGGAGACCAAAAAGCUAAAGUUCAGGUAUGUUUGAAAGAAAAACCUAAAACGUAUAAAUCAAUCAAAAAUUGUUCAUACACUCUGCCCGUAAUUUGAAUACUUUUAGAUAAACAAAGCUUUAUAUUAAACCUGUAUAGUCUUGGGGGGCUUUGAAUUGAGCAUGAAAUGUUUUUGAUAUGCAUGUUUGUUUUUUCACUAAGCCAAACAUGGCUGUAUUUAUAUUCUGCUUUAUUGUAAUGACAUACAUACUGCCAAGUGUCUUUACACUUUCUUUGACACUUUUCCUUUUGUAAAUUCAAAACCAAAAUUGGUGCGAGAAUUCGCUUGUUACCUUGUCAGUUGUUCAUUCCUCAGUUCUCACAGUGUGGCAUAAGUUCUCAGUGAUAGGGUUACUUUAUUUCUGAUGUAUUUGUUUCUUUUUACCAGAGAUAUGCCUUGAAACAGGGAUGGAUAAAGGCUGCACGACAGCUCAGUGAAAAAGCUUAAUGCUACCCACCCUCUUGCCUCUUAUUUAAAAGCAUCGCUGUGUUUGUUCUCAUUCAGCUUAUGUAGGAGUAGGCUUUCCUAACAUUCCCAUUCUGGAUGUCCUUUUGGCCAGAUGUGUUUUUUUUUUUUAGAUAAAAUGUCCCAGAUUGUAGGAGCUGAUUUGCUUUCUUUAACAUUAUAAUGUACUUUACCCCUUGACUUAACAAAAGCCUUGCAAUUUGCCUACAUUUCAACACAAUGUACAAUUAAAUAUAUGGAGAAACGUAUACCUAUAUCCAGUUGGAAAUGACUGCUGCUUGUUCUCAGUUUCCCAUUUAAGGAGAUAGUUCAGGUUUUUUAAUUGUCAUGUUGGCACUGAGUCCUGUUAGUCCAUCUAAAAAGUAAGUUGGUUUUUUUUGUAGUUGUGCACUUUUGUAUGAUUUCCGCUUCACUAUAUUGCAAAGAAGCUACAGCUGCCAGAACAUAAUGGGAGUUUCUGCAACCAAAACAAUAAGCAAAUACUUUUUAGAUGGAUGGAAAAUACUCAGAAUUCAACACAUCAAUAAUGGGUUCCUGAGGAAUAUCACUUUGGAACAUGUUUACAGUAAAACACUCAACAAAAGAAAGUUGCUGUUGCUUUCAAUAUGAUAAUAAAUAAAUCAAACUGUG